UUUGGAAUAGGGAAACCGUAUUGCUUUGCUGGCCAUGACUUGCAGUUUUUAUUAUCGCAGGGUACUAUGAGUCUCACAAGCGCUGGUCAGUCGCCAUUAAGGGUAGGAAGCGAAGCGACAAUGUUCUUCUGUGGAGGAGCAAGAUUUGUUGGGUCUGUUUCAUGUAAAUUUCGUUAUAACUUCGCGGGAACAGCACAAGUUGGAACAAACCUACCACGGGCGGUUACAUGGGCACUGCGUGACAAACUUAAGGGAAUUUGUUGUCCUCGAGUUCAUGAUAGAUGUAUAAACAGUAGCCAUGCUUUAUGCGUGAUUAGUCAAACGCUAGGCGAUAAUAUUGUCAAAAGCACUGGACGUACGUUUAGUUUGACUCCAGGACAAGUGACCCGGGCUCAGAAGAUCUCGAUGUUUGCCUUGAAAUCGGGUUCACCGCCAACUUUCGAAUUCACCAUCAUCUGUUUUCCAUGGGUGAGCAAGGGACGAAAGACAAUUCAUAUGCCUGAGCAUUUUUUUUUGCGUUCUACCGAAAUGGGUACCACUCGUUCGUCCAUGGAUAAGGUUCUAUCAAGAGCUGUAUCCACCAGUGCUAAGCAGAAACCAGCGAAGGGAGAACCAACCAUUGAGGAUAAAAAGGUACAGCCUUCUACGAGCCCAAAAAGGGGGGAUGAAGAGCCCGAGAAUGAAAAGAAUCAAAGUAAAACAAUGCAGUUGAAGAAGGUUUUUAAGGAAUAUGGUGCUGUGGGUGUGUCAUUUCACAUCGGAAUAUCCCUGAUUUCCCUUGGAAUUUUCUACCUUGCUGUGUCUAGUGGGAUCAAUAUGGCUGUUGUGCUGUGUAAGAUGGGAUUCAGUGAAUCUGUGGUUCAGUCGAAGAUGGCUGCUGGCACAAGCACAUUUGUUCUAGCAUAUGCCAUUCACAAGCUGUUUGCCCCACUUCGGAUCAGCAUCACUCUUGUGUCUGUACCACUCAUAGUACGAUACCUCAGGAAGACUGGACUCUUUAAACCUCCGCCAACUAGUCCAUGAACAUAUUAAAGCUAUAACAAAUGUGUUAGUGGUAGACUGUAUAUUCACCUCUGUCCAACUUCAAAUUCAAGGGUCGAGCGUUGCACACUGUCACAUUUGCACUGAUUUUUCAGUACUACAGCAAAACAAUGAAAUUUGCUACCACUGUGAGAUUGAAUUGUAUUCUGGCUAUUGCACAUGCUAACAUUCAAUAGCCAUGUCACUCACAUGGCCAGAGAUGUACAGAUUAGUGCACACAGGUGAAUAGUUUUAUUCAACAACGUUUCAAAAAACAAUCAGUAUAUAAGAUAUACAUUUUGCACUUGUUUUAAACCUAGUUUAAAACAUGUUGGAUUAGACCAUGUAAAAUGUAAUUACUAACUGCUUUAAGAUUUUAGAGUUUGUGUUGAAAAAAGAUUGAAAUUAAAAAUUAGACAUGUUAAUGGGGAGAUGUAGAACUGUAAAAAUCUGUGUUAGGCUGACUUUGCUGGCAAUAAGAUGUAUGGGUCUAGUUCUGUAUUAAGCAUUGUGAUACUAUUACACUUGAUAUGACUAAAAUGGAAA